AUGAGUUCACAAACAGAGAGUGUUCAACUGAAAGAUAACACGGACUUACAAAUACAGAGAAUAAUAGAGAAACAUGAGAAGAAGCUGGAAACACAGGGGCUGGAGGAGCCGAGGAAGAGGCACAGGCUGUCGUGUAUGGAGGAGGAGAGUCAGAGGGAGAGGAGCAGAGUGCAGCUGGUGAAACAGAUAGCGGCCAUACUGAAGCAAGGGGACAUGAGGUACACCAAGGACGGCCUGCACAGGACCUUCCAGGAUGACGACUUGUUGGAGCGUAUCUUCCGUCUGUUCUGUGAUGAGGAGCAUCUCGUUCAAGAGGAGUGGAUAGAAUCACUCAAGGAGAGACUACAAGAAGAUAAACAACUUGACUUCGUGGAGCAAGUAGAGAGUGUGGCGUACGUGUUGUGUGGUGACGGAGUGGUGACGAAGGAGACGUUCAGUAAGAUAUGGAAGAACAAGGUGUCAGACUACCGUAUCUCCGGUAUCCUCGACUUCGGUGACAUCCAACACUCGUGUGUGUUGUUCGAGUUGUCCGUGUGUAUGACGUACGCCAUGCUGGUGUCUGGUCCACGCGCCGGGGGGGUGGUGCUCGCCGGGUGGAGCGUCACUAGGAGACUCACGGACCAGAAGUACAGACUACUGAAGACGUUGGUAUCAGCUCGUCUGGUCCAGAGCCUAGUGCUGGGUGCGUACACUCGGGAACAGGAGCCGGAGAACAAAUACGUGUCCUCUACGGAGAAGGCGAACGGAUGGGAACUGUUGAAGAAGAUAAGGAAGAAUAAACCCGACCCUGAAGACGACUGUACCAACUGGAAAGAUAUCGCUAAUGACUUCCUUACGAGGAGUUAG